CCUCCGAUUUUCAAGAAGCAGCCAAAAGAAAAGCACAGCAAUGUCAAAGCAGCUUGAUCAAUACAGUGGUGGCUACCAGAGUUAUGACUAUGAAUUCGGGCGACCAUUCAUACAAUCAAUCUCAAGGACAUGAAGUUCAGGCAACAAUUGGAUAUAUGGAGGUUGUUUCUCCUUGUGUAGAGAACAAAAACCAGCUGAGCAGCUAUGAACAAAGUUGGAGGACUCACGAUCGUAAUAGGCAAACUGGAACCUAUACGACCACCUCAACAAAGGCAGUUGCUUCCCGUGGUGAAACAUUCAAAGAACGAUCAACUGGAAGAAUUGGUGCGAAGGACGAGUUCAAAACCACUUCCACUUACAGGGUUGGAGACAAAAGUGGAUAUACUGAGUAUCAGUGUCAAGAGAGGUUCCGUCGAGUUGAUUUCGGUGGUAAAGGUGGUGGCAGGGGUGGCAGCGGAUCUGGUAGUAAGGGAAGCAACAGAUAUCUCAAAUGAAGGGGGGUGGGGUAAGUAUGCUGCUCGGCUCUCUUGCUUGGAAUUUAGUUUCUGGAACUUGGGUUGGUUUUUUUGUGCAGACUUCCGUUGUGUUAAUAUGCUGUUUGCUGAUGGCUGAACUUUGGUAUUUCCCUCUGGAUAGAUGUAAGAGAGAGCCUUUUGUCGUUUUGGGUGUCUUGUAAAUGCUCUAAUAGGUUUAGAGAGCUGAAUUCCAAAAAGAAGAAUGAAUGAAUAUAGCUCUACUAGGUUUAGAGAGCUGAUUUGAAAUA